UGACAGACGCAGAUUAAAAUGAGAAGUGAAACCAACUUCAUACUGAAAAGUCAUUCACGUACAUUAUACUCUUUUAAAACCUUGCUGUGGUUCCUGACUGAAACCGUGUCGAGAUAUUUUUGACCAUUUAUCGUGAUCGACCUGUGUAAAAUCCCAAAAAAAAAUCCCGAAAAAAUGUUGUUCUCAUCGCUAAUCGAAUCAGCACGUCAGUCACCCUUUAAGGGUCCAUUUUCACGUGCCGAAUGCGAAUCAUCGUCUACCAGCAAUCAACUAGUCCCCGGACGAAAUAUUGCCGCCGCGGCAACUGCUUCUGGCGACUCAUGUGAAUUUGGUUCCACAAAAUAUUUCUUGCUCUGUGGUCUUGGCGGUAUUAUCUCUUGUGGCUCUACACACACACUGUUGACGCCACUCGAUUUGGUCAAAUGUCGUCUGCAAGUCGACCAAGCGAAAUACAAGAAUUUAAUUCAUGGCUUCAAAGUGACAUUGGCUGAAGAUGGUUCUCGUGGUUUGGCUAAGGGCUGGGCCCCAACCGCAUUCGGAUACUCGGCGCAGGGUCUCUUCAAAUUCGGCCUGUACGAAUACUUCAAAGUCUACUACGGCAAUGUCAUUGGCGACGAAAAUGCGUUCCUUUACCGCACCACUUUGUAUUUGGCUGCAUCGGCAUCGGCCGAAUUCUUCGCCGACAUUGCAUUGGCUCCAUUCGAAGCAGCCAAGGUCAAGAUUCAAACCACUGCUGGCUUUGCCAACACUUUACGCGAAGCUGCACCAAAGAUGUAUGCCGAUGAGGGAGUGACUGCUUUCUACAAGGGCUUGGUACCGUUGUGGAUGCGACAGAUUCCAUACACCAUGAUGAAGUUUGCCUGUUUCGAACGUACCGUCGAAUUGUUGUACAAACAUGUCGUACCGAAACCUCGUGCCGACUGCAGCAAAGGCGAACAAUUGGUGGUUACAUUUGCCGCUGGUUACAUUGCCGGUGUUUUCUGUGCUAUCGUUUCGCAUCCAGCUGACGUUGUCGUAUCUAAGUUGAACCAGGCUAAGGGAGCGUCCGCCUUCACGGUGGCAAAGAAUUUGGGCUUCUUCGGUAUGUGGAACGGUUUGGUUCCGCGUAUCAUUAUGAUCGGUACACUGACCGCACUGCAGUGGUUCAUCUAUGACGGUGUUAAGGUCGGUUUCGGUAUUCCACGUCCACCACCACCAGAGAUGCCAGCAUCACUCAAAGCGAAAUUGGAAGCCGGCAAUUAAAGUUGGAUGGAGAAGAAACAACGUUGCGAUGAUGUGAGGCGGGAAAGUGACUGUUAGAGCAAUUUCAACUUAUUACACAACACACUACAGACACACGUUUAUUUAUUGAAAAACCAAAAGAAAGAGAAAAUUCAUCAGACAAAAUCAAUUGAAAAGUUCGGCAAACCGUUAACGGAAAUUUAACUAAUUUAGGUCGCGCAGGCUUACGUAACUAGAAGAAUCGAAAGAUUGAAAGAGAAGGAUGGAGAGGGAGAGGGAGCAUUUAAUUUAAUUUCACAAAGCAAACGAAAAACUUUCUUAGGUUCGUCGUAGCAAUUUACCGUUUAAUUUAAUGUCUAGCCAAAUUACACUCAACUUCAGUCUAUUCCGUAAAAUACGAAACAAAAAAAAAAUUAUUUUAUUUUUCUUUGCUUGUAACAUUCUGUAACAUUCUGUCAAAAUAUGAGAAGCAUUUCUUUCUAUUUAUUUUAUGAUUUUUAUUACAAACGCAAACAGGUCAAUUGUAUUAUUUUGUUGAUGAGAAAAUAUAGAAAAGAGAAAUAAGCGAAAAUAAACUCAGAUCAUAAUUUAAACGAAA